AUGAUAGAGUUCGUUGAGGACCUAGAGGAUUUCACUGACAAAGUCAACCAAUCAAUUGAUUACUAUCCAAGCCCAGAAGAGCUUUCAGCAGCUUGUGAUGCUCUCGUGAAAUUUCGCCAUGAAUUGAACAAGUCUCAGCGAAUCAAAUCCAUUAUAUGCAUAAGUUAUUACUGCCUAGAGAACAAAUACAAGCCUGAUUUGAUGAAGCGAUGUCUUGACUGUGCUUGUCAAGAGUUAGAUGAGAGCUCUCUCUCUCUCAUAAUCGAAGAUCUUCGCUCAAUGCUUGUCCAAAUCAAAAAUAGUCAAGUAUCGAAUGAAGGAAGAUUCAAAGAUCAAGAAAUGUUGGCACUUAAUUCAAAUAAAGGGUUUAAUUUUGCAGAAGACAAAAUACGGUCUGAUUGGCAUGAGGGUGGAGGUAGGCGAUCCAUUCCCUUGUUUUUCAUGGUUUUGAGCCAACUGAAGCACCGAGACAUAUCUUCCAACCUGUGGUGGAUAACGCCCGGAAUACUGAACUUGAUGGAUGACACCUCAGAUCUGGAAGGAAUUAAGUUAGGAGGAGUGGUCUUAUUGCGACAAUUUUUGACCCAAACCAUUGAUUUGAACGACACCGUACAUUUUAAUUUCACGAACACAGGUCUAGCAAAAGUAUUCGAACCCAUUUUGACUUCUCUAUGGUAUCACUUCCCACCCUCCACAGACCCACAGCUUACCGAGAAAAUCUGGGAAACCGUGUUUACCACGCUCAUUCCUCUAUAUCAAGUGGAGUAUAGUCAAAAUCGGUCUCUAUAUUACAAGAGCGUCAGCAAAUUUCUAUCGGAAAUUAUUCUUCAGGCAACUCUGCCCAGAGUAGCCACGGAGUACCCAGAGCUGACUCUAAAAGUACUAAAGUUUGUGGAUACGACUAUCGAUAUACUGAAAGAAAGAUCAGUCGCACAUCUGCAGCGACUGAUUUACGUACUAGGGGAGUUCCUAAUUCGCAAUGGAUACAUCACUCUAUUCAUGCCACUGGUGCACCAAAUAGUCUUGACACUCACCAAGCUGGUUGUGGUAUGUUCCAGAAGCCGAAUCGUGGGUCACAAAUACGAUCUGUUGGCGUGUGUGACCAUCUUAAGUGAGAAGUGCUUUUCAGAAGGAACCUUGGAUGACGAAACGUCAGCCCAGUUUCAUGCAUUCGUAAAUUUAUUAAAGUCCAAGGGUUGUUCUUGGAAUCAAGAUGAGCGUCAGCUCCUGAACAAUUCGCUGUCAUGGGGUAAGUUCGAACUUUAG